AGCUCUAAUCCUUGCUCUUUGCCCGCCUCUUCUUCAAAUAAGAAGCUGGAGCUGAAGUGCGGGGGGAUUUGCUAAACCACAGGGCCAGGAAAAUCAGGCAGAUCUUCUCAGUUGUCUGAAGCUAGAGAGGGAGAAAAAAAAAAAGAAUGGUGGAGGCUUUCUGUGCUACCUGGAAGCUGACCGACAGCCAUAACUUUGAUGAAUACAUGAAGGCACUAGGAGUGGGCUUUGCCACUAGGCAGGUGGGGAAUGUGACUAAACCAACAGUGAUAAUCAGUCAAGAAGGGGACAAAGUGGUGAUAAGGACUCAGAGCACCUUCAAGAACACAGAAAUCAGCUUCCACUUGGGAGAAGAAUUUGAUGAAACGACUCCGGAUGAUAGGAACUGCAAAUCUGUUGUGAGCCUGGAUGGUGACAAGCUAGUUCAUGUUCAGAAAUGGGAUGGCAAAGAGACAAACUUUGUAAGAGAAAUUAAGGAUGGCAAAAUGGUUAUGACUCUCACCUUUGGAGAUGUGGUGGCUGUUCGUCACUAUGAGAAGGCAUAAACAGCAUCAUGAUGGUCCCCUGUGCAGAUGAACAUUUCAAGAGAAGUUUUUGUUUUUUUUCUGUUACUCUGAUGAGUAUCACCAUACUACUGAUGUGAAUGCCAUUUUGAGCUGGAAAGUGAUGACCCUUUUAAAAAUGUUGCUCGAGUCAGUUAUUCCACUUCUUGUUAAAUGAAUACUUACGAAAACUUUGCAUGGUCUUAGAACCACAUUUUUUACAAAAUAAAAAUAAAUAAUUUUUUAUGAUUUGUGGGGAGAAAUUCACGUCAAAUAAAGAUAACAUGC